AGAAGCACUCUUGCCCACUAUAAAUAUAGGUGUAAUGUCGUUUGUUUGAAUCCAGUUACCUCUAGAUAUCAAUCGAUUAGUUUCAGGAAAGACUUCUGUGACAGUCUUGAAUAGAGAUAAUUUUUCCGCGUUAAAAUUCGUUUCAAAUUCAGUAUUCCAAAACUUGAAAAAUAAUUUUUCAAACUCGAUAAGUGAGUGCAUCAAAUAGAAUGGUGAAAAAGUUGGCGAUAUUUAUGUUGGCGAUCUGUUCGAUUGCUGGCAAUGUGUUGGCCGAAGACGAUUGGUGGGAAUAUGGUCAUUUCUAUCAAAUUUAUCCGCGUUCAUUCCAAGACAGUGACGGCGAUGGAGUCGGCGAUAUCAAUGGAAUCACCGCGCGUUUGGAUUAUCUCAAAUCGAUUGGCGUUACUGGCACAUGGCUUUCUCCAAUCUUCCAAAGUCCAAUGAAAGAUUUCGGCUAUGACAUCUCCGAUUUUCGAGCGAUUCAACCCGAAUACGGAACAAUGGAAGAUUUUGAGCGUUUAGUUGCCCGCGCCAAAGAGCUCGACAUUAAAUUAGUGUUGGACUUUGUGCCCAAUCAUAGCUCUGAUCAGCAUGAAUGGUUCAAAAAGGCACUGAACAAAAGCGAUCCAGAACAUGCAAAAUAUAAGGAAUAUUACAUUUGGCACGAGGGUAAAUUGCUAGAGAAUGGAACCAGAGUACCACCCAGUAACUGGCUUAGUAUUUUCCGUGGCAGCGCUUGGCAGUGGGUUGACGAUUUGCAAGCCUAUUAUUUGCAUCAAUUCUUAGAAGAACAGCCCGAUUUGAACUUUAGAAACCAAGAACUCGUCGACGAAAUGAAAGAGGUUUUGCGAUUCUGGUUAAGAAAAGGAGUCGAUGGAUUCAGAAUCGAUGCUGUACCAUUCAUUUUUGAAUCGAAACAAAACGCUGAAGGUUAUUAUGAUGAUGAACCCAAGAGUGGUAUCUGUGAAGAUGACCCAGAAGCUUCGUGCAGUCUUAAACAUACGGAAACUAAAGAUUUGGACGAAACUUAUGACAUGAUCUAUCAAUGGCGACGUGUUGUGGACGAAAAGGAAUUCUCCAAUUAUACUAGACUUUUGAUGACAGAGGGAUAUACAGAUUUGCCAUUAGUAAUGAGAUACUUUGGUAAAAUCGAAAAUGGAUCAAUUGUUGACGACCAAUACGGAGCUCAAAUGCCAUUCAAUUUCCUAUUGCUAAGCAACACAUGGAGCGGAACUGGCACAUGGGGUUACAAAUUCCAAAUUGAUGAUUGGUUCAAUGCCUUGCCAAAAGGCAACAAAAUUCAAGCAAACUGGGUGAUGGGAAAUCAUGACAACGGAAGAAUUGCAUCAAAGUACAAUCCAUCACGAGUUGAUUUGUUCAACAUUUUGCUGAAAACGUUGCCUGGAAUCGCAGUCACUUACUACGGUGAAGAAAUUGGAAUGACAAACGUUUUUAUAACAUGGGAAGAAACCGUCGAUCCACAAGCAUGUCGUACCGAUCCGGAGCGCUACAUUUAUUUCACACGUGAUCCCGAACGUUCCCCAUUCCAGUGGGACGAUACCAAAAAUUCUGGCUUCAGUACAGCCAACAAAACUUGGUUGCCAGUCGCUUCGAAUUAUACCAAAUGUAACGUUGCGUUGCAAACCAAAGCGAAACGCAGCCACUUGAAUGUAUUCCGUCAAAUAAUGGCGUUGAGACGAAAUCCAACGAUGAAAUACGGGGCAUUGAAACUGAGCAUUGUCGAUGAAGAGUUAUUCGUGUACCAACGAGUGAUCGAAGAUCAACCAGAUGCCGAUAUUGUUGUGGUUGUCUUGAAUUUGGGCCUCAACAAGAAGAACGUUAAUUUGAAUGACCAUCUCGACAAUUUGCCAUCAAAAUUGGAAGUAGUCACUGCUUCAGUUCAUGCAACAUCGAAUAUACUUCCUCACCCAAUUCUUCCAGGAAGAAAAGUUGAUUCGAGCAAAGUCUUCGUGUCACCUGAAGCCGCUAUUGUGUUCAUUGGAAGGAAGUGAAGUAAUUUGCUGCGAUUGCAUAAAUGUUUUUGAAAAUUCUGUUAAGAUUCAUUGAACACGAAGAGAAAUCACGAUAUUAAGCGCUAUGAUAAUAAUAUGCCGAUGUUAAAAGAUCGAUGUUCAAAUAAAUCAAAUUGAAAACAUA